CACAAAUGAGGUUUUUAGUCCUAUUUAUAAUAAUCUCUAAGCACGUCAAGCACGUCUUUGCUCAUCCGGCCGGUCAGCUCCCUGACCGGUCAGUUUGUAUGCCUUCGUCAGAAGAAGCCAUGUCUUUGAUUUUGGACCUUCUCACCCCCGACCGGUUAGACUGCCCGGGUCGACUGGGUCAUGGGGUGUUGGAUUUGAUACCUCCCAGUCGGUGCGAACCUACCGGUGGAAUUCAUGGGUUAUUACUCAUCAAGGAGUCCUCCGAUUCCCGGCUUUGUGGGUACCAUCAGAGGCAGGAAGCAUAUGCAAUCUUUUCAAAUUCCAACUCUGCGUGUGGUUUUGGCGGGAAAACGAAGAAGCCGGUUGAUGCUUCCACUUGUGCCCCUUCUUCUUCCACGGCACAAGCGAUCACGGUUGCUCGGUCCGUGGGUGACGGCUUUAUUCCGCUGGAUGACCGGUUGCUCUUGGAGCAACCGUCGUACAUGCAGAAGGCUCACGUCCAUGAGCUGCGCAACCUGAUGCCCGAUGGUUACCAGUUGUCCUACCGGGCAAUGUGGAAGAAUAUUAUUUCUCUCCACGCCGGUAUGACGAUUGGGAUCCACUACCACUCCAUCAAGGACUUGGGUGAAUUCUCUAUUCACCCUUUCAAGGUCCUUUUCUUUGAGACAUACGCGAUCAUGCCCGGGCUGUUGGCCCCAAAUGGUCACCGUAUGUUGAGCAGCUUUAUCAAUGUCUGUCGUUUCCUCCGCAUUCCCCUCUCACUCUGCCUUUUUGACCAUAUGUUUGAUGUCCGGCUCGGGUCCAAGGAAACCCUUGGAUUCGUGAUUGUGUCCUCUCAUCAAGCCCGGGCAUUCCUUUCCGGUCUUCCUCAUUCCAAUAGGGUCCAGGUCAAGCCCAGGGAAACUGAUGACCUGGCCGCCUGGGAAGCCACCCUCCGGACUGGGGACACCUCCACCCGAGGUCCCUACAAUGUUGGGAAGUGGGGGGUCUACCCGGUUCGGGAGACUGACCCUGAACCAGAGAUCGUUUUGGAGGAGGCGAUCCCAGACGUUAUUCCUCUCCGCCGCUUGGAAGGGUCUAAAGCCCCGGUCUCUGCUGUCGCCAGUUCCUCGCGCCGGAGGAAGAAGGAGGAGAAAGUGGUGAAAUUCAACUCCAAAUUUGCCAUCCCACAAAUCAUUGACGCAGAGGAGCCCUCCACCGCCCAGCCCUCUGGCCAGCCGCUAACUUUGGAAGAGCAGUUGGCCCGGUCUCAUCAGGGCACCAGCCAGCCCAUUCACUCCGGGGAGAUCUACAUCAAUGUAGAUACCAUAGAGUUUGACACGAUCCUGAUGGAGACCGGCCAUACAUCAGAGGCCGGUCAGGGCGGUCAACAAGCUGAGGGGGGUAGCGGCGAAGAAGAGGCUGCCGAGGAGGCCCUCUAGAGGAAGAGGCGGAGGACUCAGACUGUGAUUCAAUUCACGAAUUCAAAGAGUAAGGAAUCGUACGAGUUCUUACACCAAUAAUCACGUAUAGAUUCGGGACUUUAGCUUGAUCCUCGUGAUGUCAUUUCUUCUACGGUUAUUACACAUAUAUUCCCUUGCUAGGGUCAUAACGAAGUUUUUCUGUUCAAUGAGAUCAUCAAUAAUAACCUUCAGAGAUAAGG